AUGGCAACCCCAAAAUCAGGCGGCACCAGUCUCCCCACGGCCAGAGACCACGCCGCCACCGUAAACAAGAUGAACAUGCUCCUCGCCAAACACCAGAACACAAUCAGCGCCCUCAAGAGACGCACAACAACAACACCAACAUCACCAUCGCCUGCAGACAAGACCACAGACGGCACCAGCACCAGCAACAAGCCCAAGUCAAGCUUCUCCUCCCUCGCCGGAACCAGGGUCACAGCCUCCUCACCAGCCGCCAGCAGACACGCUCCAGUAUCAUCAAGGAACAAGAAUGACGACGACGAUGACGACCUCCAGGUCAUAGCCGACGGCGCAGGCGUCGGAUUCGUGCCGGCGGGCACCAAGGAGGCCCAGGACUCGUCGGCCAGGGCGGCUGAGACGCGGGAUCUGCGGGGCAAGCUGCUGGGCAAGAGGGCGCGGGAGCAGAGAGAGGACGCGGCGGCGGCGAGGAGGCGGGGGGAGAACAAGAAGAAGCGGAUGAUGGACGGGGGCAGUAGUGACGAGGAGGGAGGGAGGAGCUCCAUUGGGAAGGCGAGGGUUGGCGGGGGGAAGAAGAAGAAGGGGGAAAAGAAAGAAGGAGGGGAGUAG